UUCCUCUCUCAUUUUGCGCAAUCCUUUUGCUUGCGUUUCUGUUGCUUCGGAAGCUAUGAUACGAUCCUUUUUCUCCUCCGCGUCGGCCCAGUCGCUCCGCCAAUUACACUCGACUCUCUUGAACAGAACAUGUCCCUCGGCCUUUUCACGGUCGAUUUGGCACUUAAGCACAUCAGCAGCGAGGAUAUGGAGCCCCCUUCCAAAAUUGGCUAGUAACGCCGAAAGAACAUUGAGCUAUGGCCCAGGGAGCCAAAAUGUGCUAGGGCAAGUGCGGGGAAUGAAGACGCGGUCGUCCGUGAAAAGAUUAUGUGAUGGAUGCAAGCCCGUGAGAAGAAAGAACCGUGUCUAUAUCAUCUGCUCGAAGAACCCGAAGCAUAAGCAACGACAGGGAAAAUAAACAGGGCGUGAUUUCAAUUGUAUUAUAUGACUAUUUUCGCCAUAUAAGGGCUUCGCCAUCGAUACCGGUUCAUAAAAAAGGCAUGUUUUCGGCCGAUAUAAGCCAUGGCUAACGCCAAAUGGGCAUCUACUUUUGUUUUCGUCUCGCAUAUCACGGGGAUUCUGGGCGC